AUGGCCGAACGAGUCAACGUUCUUCUUUCGUCCUUUCCAGGACUCUCGCUUCACUCAACCGUCUCCUUCUCCCUCCCAUCCAUCUCGACCAUUUCAGACCUCACCGAGAAGGUUGUCUCUCUCCUUCCAUCGUCUGUGCCGUUUCAGUCGCUCUCAUUGACCACAACCAACAACAAACAAGUGGUCCCGUCGUCAGACCGUCUACAGUCCCUCCUCGUUGCCCGCGAUGGCGAAUCCGCAAUCACGUCAAAUCUCCUCCCCCUCCGCCUCACCGUCCCGUUAUGCGGAGGAAAGGGUGGUUUUGGAUCCCAGCUUCGUGCUGCCGGUGGGCGCAUGUCCAGUAAGCGCAAGCGCACUCAAGGCGACGACAAUGCAUCCAGCCGCAACCUCGACGGUCGACGUAUUCGCACCGUCAAUGAAGCCAAAGCGUUAGCCGAGUAUCUUGCUGUUAAGCCUGAGAUGGACCAGAAGGAGAAGGAAGAGCGUCGGCGCAGAUGGCAGUCUGUCGUGGAGGUUGCGGAGAAGCGUCAGGAGGAGCUGAAGAACGGGGGUGGGAAGCAUAAGAUUGAUGGUCAGUGGAUGGAUGAUAAGGAGGAGAUGAACGAGAAGGCGCGCGAGGCUGUGCUGUUGGCUAUGAAGGAAGGUGCUUGGACUGAUAACCUUCGCGAUACGAUCAUGGGUGGAUCGAGUACGAGUGCCAGUGAGGGCAGUGAGAAUGCGGCAUCGUCUAGCUCUGAAGCAGAAAGCGAGGAAGAGAACAAAGCUGAAAGCUCGUCUGGGUCCAAUCAGACCUCCGCGGCUCCCAGGAAGUUCAUCGGUUUCGACGACGAUGACGAAUUCAUGAGUGAUUCUGAGGAGGAAGAGGAAGAAUCCGAGGGUAAAGGCAAAGGCAAAGGCAAGGCAUAA